CCCGGCGCCGCGGGCCGAGCCGGGCCCAGCCGAGCCCAGCCGAGCCAACCGACCCUAUCAUGGCGCCGCUGGUGCUGUACCACUGGACGCAGUCCUUCUCCUCGCAGAAGGUGCGGCUGGCAAUAGCCGAGAAGGCGCUGAAGUGCGAGGAGCACGAUGUAAACCUGCCGCUGAGCGAGCACAACGAACCGUGGUUCAUGCGCUUGAGUUCCUCCGGAGAAGUACCUGUCCUGAUCCAUGGGGAAAACAUCAUUUGUGAGGCAACGCAGAUUAUUGAUUACCUGGAAGCGACGUUUGUAGAUGAGGAAGUACCAAGAUUAAUGCCAGAAGAGGGGAGCAUGUAUUAUCCAAGGGUGCAACACUAUAGAGAGCUUUUAGACUCCUUGCCUAUGGAUGCCUACACACAUGGCUGCAUCCUGCACCCGGAGUUAACAGUGGACUCCAUGAUUCCAGCCUAUGCUACCAGCAGAAUUCGUAGCCAAAUAAGUAACACAGAAUCAGAAUUGAGGAAACUUGCAGAAGAAAAUCCAGACCUUCAAGAUGCCUAUAUUGCGAAACAGAAGCGCCUUAAAUCUAAGCUACUGGAUCAUGAUAAUAUAAAAUAUCUAAAGAAAAUUCUGGAUGAACUGGAAAAAGUUUUGGAUCAGGUCGAGACUGAAUUGCAGCGUCGAAAUGAGGAAACACCAGAAGAUGGAAAUCAGCCUUGGCUCUGUGGUGAUUUCUUCAGUCUGGCAGAUGUAUCACUUGCCGUCACAUUACAUCGCCUGAAGUUUCUGGGAUUAGCAAGAAGAAACUGGGGAAAUGGAAAGCGGCCCAACUUGGAAGCCUAUUAUGAGCGUGUUGUGAAGAGAAAAGCAUUUUACAAAGUUUUGGGACACGUCAACAAUAUAUUAAUCUCAGCUGUUCUGCCAACGGCAUUCCGCGUGGCCAAGAAAAGGGCUCCGAGGGUUCUUGGCACCACCCUGCUGGUCAGCCUCCUGGCGGGAAUGGGUUAUCUUGCUUUCCUGUGUCUUCGGAAGAGGUUUGCCAACAUGAUGUUACCGAUUAGAACCAGGCAAAAUUAUUUUUAGACCUGUCUGUCCCUGGUGGUGAGUGGAAGGCAUCUCUCCACCCCAGGAAAAUAUCCCCAGUAAAAUAUAAACAUAGAUGAAAGAUUAUGUCUGUGAAUUAGAACAUUUUCACACACUAAUCAUCUCCUGCAGUUGUAUAAUUGGGUUGGUAAUGCUGAGAUAUUUUUCAAAAAUGUAUGUUGAGGGGGCAACAAAGGAAAGAAGAGACUUUCUUUUCAGCCAAGGACCUGUAACUGUGACAGUGCUUUAUUGAAGUGGUUAUCGUCUCCUUUACCCAGUAGCUGACCUAAUUAUAAUGCUUUAAUUUAAUAGAUAUGCAGCAAUGUGAUAGCUUUUCACUGUAGGUGAAAUGCGUUAUUGUGCAGAAACCAGCAUUGUUAAAAUACUGAAAAUAGCUCUUUAAAUGCUCAGAGUAGAAUUUAAGUGGACCAUCGGCUCUGUGCCUGUUGUGUACAGGGGCUAGUUUCUCUUUACUGAUUAAUGUCUAUUGAUUUGCCGUUGGACCUUUAGGAUGUGUUCAAAAGUAAUCUUGUGAAGCCACUUUUGUCACUGUAUGUUCAUGCAGCAGUACAAGAAAAGACUUAAGACAGGUAAGAACAUCAGUGAGUUGUGGGCCACAUGAGUGAAAUUCUCCAGAGGCAUCACUGGGCAACAGGUACUGGACUUUUGCUGAAAUACAAGCGGGAGUGAAAAACCCGACACUUGUCUUUCAAAAGCCUUUUGGGCUUAGCUGCAAACUCUGGCAGAAUCAAAUCAAAUCAAACUAUCUUGGUGCACGCUUGCUGCUUUCAUUGGGGUGGCUUGAUAUAAUUGCCUCCGUAAGAGUGUUCUUUUUUCACUCUGAGCACUGGGUAUUUUUUGCACACUUCUUGUCUACAUUAAGAUUUGCAUGUGCCUCUAUGAAAUGCUUGCCCCCAACGUGCCACAGCCGGCUAGAAAAUGUAUGCACAACAAUGCAUUUUGUAAAAGUAAUUUGAAAUAGUUCACUAUCAGUCUAGUUAGGUAGCCUAGAUUGAAGGUGAAGCUGUAAUUUAGCAAUCUGUUUACUUAUGGAGAGGUGUCAUGUUGGUGGUAAAUGAAAAAUAUAGGUCAGUUUGAAGACAGAUGAUUUUUACUGCAGACUUUUUUGCAAAACUGCACUCUUGUAGCAUGUAGGAAAGGUGUAGAAAAACAUUUUGAUUACUUCCCACUGCUCAGCAGAUGCUGUGAAUUUUAUUAGUUUUGAACUGAGCUCCUGUUUCAAUGAGAAAUUUACAUUUACCUGAAAAUAGACUUUGAACCAUGACAAAGAAAGCAGUUGGGAAGGGCUGAAAAUUUUCAUGACAAUUUAGUAAGAUUUUUGUGUUCUGGAUGAAUGUCUG